UUCACCACCAGCUCCGCCCUUACAAUCACGACCGCAACCUCAGGAUAUCCUUACAUGGGAGAUGCCAAGCUAUACCUAAUUACUCUUCUAUCAUAGUCCUCAUCACCAUUAAAAAUGGCCGAAGUCCAAGCCAACAGCCUCUAUGCGCUGCCCAAUGAACUCCUCAUCCAGAUCGCUUCACAUCUUGAUGUAAAGGCGCCCUCGGUCUCCAAGUUCGCCCACGAGCCCACAACGGAGCUAACCAGCUCUCAAGACAAUCCUUUAAAAAACUUGUCCUGCGUAUCCUGGCGCUUACGAAGAAUCGUCAUCCCAAUCUUGUUCAAAUAUGUCAGGGUGCCGCUGGACCAGAAUCCACAAUGGGUACCACUAGACGCUCGACUUAUCGAAAGCAUGCAAGGGCAGCUUUCUACUUUAAGCAAUCAUGAGUUCAUGAUAUACACCAAGAUGCGCAGCAAGUUCAAGAGCAGCUCUGCCUUUGCGUUCGACCAAUCCUUUGACGACAUCCUCAUCAACCUGUGUAGGAUACAGGAGGGCGAUGAGUUCCUAAAGUCGUCGCCGACAAUACUGUGGUUUCCCCAUCUUAGCGGUAGCUUCACACAACUUGGCCGUUUUGUAUCGAAGUACCAGCUCAAGCAGCACAUCAAGAGCGUCGUGGUGCACACAGAUAUAGAGUACGAGUUGCGCCACGUCUCCACCGCCGAUGCACCUCUAGCUCGAGCAGUCAACGAGAUAUGGACGCAUAUAUUCAGUUGCCUUGAGCCAAGCCGCGUCGUCGUGGCUGCUCCUCCAGCAACACUCGCUGGCCUCCUGGACACCCAAAUGCUAAGCUCAGACACAUGGGCGUUCGACAUGAAAAUCCAUUAUAUCGAGCUCGUCCACACAUUAACGCCGCCUAUAGACCACAUGAGAUCCAGCUGUCGACCCUGGAAUACUAUGUUAAUCCACCGCCGUCCCUGGACGCACAUUGGCUACAACGAAGGCUCCUCCAUCACCGCAUACAGCACCUACGAGUACCACCUUAAGCAAUCGCCUAAGAUGAUGUACCUGAUUCUCAUGCACCUCGCUAAAAAAGUCGAGUCGUGCUCCAACAUCACGUCGUUCAGCUUCACGGGCAUCUUCCCCUUCGCGACAAACGUCAAGAGCAUCAUCCGCGCCCUCCACCGCGUCCCCACGUUGCGCAACGUCACGUUCCAACUUGCCCCUGGUCCCGAGAACAAUCUGCUCAGCCAGCCGGACCGCAUGGGUCGAGCUCAAUCGGGCGACUUCUGGCUCGAAUGGACUGAGAGCUACAAGGCGAUUGCGAGCUAUUUGGGAGUGUUUGAUUUUGAGGAUAGUGCCGAGUUCAGGAGUAGAGACUGUACCAGUGAAACGCUGACAAGGGAUGUCGAGGAGAUAGUGGAGCUGUUGAACCAUAGGGGAGCGGGGUGGAGGAAGAAAGAGGGCGUGGUGGGAGUCUGGGUUAGAGAUCAUGCGCUUGACGACUUCACGGCGCUGGGUAUUGAUCAGUUGACGGCAUUGACCGAGGACAAUACGACCACAGUAUGAGCGAGGACCCGUUACGGUGUGGUCCGCCCUAUAUUCUACACGCUUCCUGUAAGACAUCCUCUCAACCGUUGCCUAUAUGCGCCGCCUGCUGCCAGCAGACAGUGAUGGUGAGGCUCACUCACGAGUCACGAGGACCUGCUUGACUCGAGAGCAAGAAAGCCACCGCUCGGCCAGCUCCCUCUCAUGAGUCAUCCACCCUUCACUUCCACAUUGCCGUCGCCCGUGUUAUGAUCUAG